AUGAAGUCGUAUACAAACGAGGAUCAAAGGAAUUAUAGCGAUGCGUUUGUGGACAUGUAUUUGGAUGUUAUGUCAAAGGCUGAAGAAAGAUUGGCGCCUGUGUGCGAUACAAGUAAAGAAAUAGAACAAAAUAACGCAGGAAAUGGCUCAAGUAGGGGAGUGCACAACUCAAACUACAUAAUAUUAAAGCCGUUAAAAAUUUUUAUAUUUAACGGAUCGUUUGAAAAUUAGUUAGCAUUUCAGGACAUGUUCAAAUCUUUGGUGCAUGAAAACGAGGGAUUAACUAAAGUAAAAAAAUUGCAUUAUUUAAAAAUGUCAGCAUCAGGUGAGGCAUCAAAAAUUAUCAAGAAUUUGAAAACAUUAGAAUUAAAUUACGCGUCGGUAUGGAAAAUCAUAACAGAAAGAUAUGACAACAAGCGAUUGUUUGUUUUGUUUAAUUGAUUUGUUGUUCAAUCUCAAACAAACUGUAUUUAUGAGUUGCCGGGUUUACUGGAUGAAUCCGCGGAAAAAUUAAGGCAGUUCACAAACACAUUAAAUCAACAUAGACAGACCCUGCAAGCAUUAGAUCACAAUCCGGAUCUAUGAGGUGCACUAUUAUUACAUGUUAUAACAUCGAAAUUCGAUGCAAACACUGUGCGUAAAUGGGAAACACUAAACGAGCAAAAUGAGUUGUCAACUAUCCAGAAAAUUAUAGAUUAUUUACAGAAACGAUAUCAAAUUCUGGAGGCAGUAGAAUGUUCCAAGGGAAAAAUUGAAAAAACUAAACCGUUUCCGCGAAAAUUACACAGUUAUACGUCGGGAGGUGAAUCGUCAAUGAACAUGAAAUGUUAUAUGUGUUAGGAACCGUAUCCUAUUUACAAAUGCCCAGAGUUCCUAAAAGUUGAAUGAUGUUCGGCGCAAAUAAAAGAUGGGUGAAUUAAAAAUUUGCAAAAAUUGUUUCCGAACAAAUCACACGCUAGAGCAAAGCUCAUAAAUGUUAUCAAUGUCAUGAUAAUCGCAUGAUUCGCUGCUGCAUCAAAACAAUAACAGUAAAACGGAUAACAAGCAAUUGGAUAAGCGUGAUAGCAAGCCGACCGAUGUAAUGGCAGGCAACGAUAACGGCGACAAUACCGAACAAAAUUCAAAAAUAAACGCGAUGUCUUCUACGGCGGCAAAUAUAGAGCGAGUAGAUAACAGAAAACAGGUUUUGCUGGCCACGGCAAUCGUACACGUAUUGGGUAAUGAUGGUACAUGGUACACUUGCCGUGCGCUUUUAGACAGUGGGUUGCAAAGUAAUCUUAUUACCGAGGAGACGAUGAAAAAAUUAAAGUUGCCUCGAAAAUGGGUAAACGCGCCUAUUACAGACGUGGCAGAAGGUAAGCAUAACGCGGAAUACAAGCUCAGUAUAGUAUUACGAUCGCUGGUAAAUUCAAGUGACUAG